GACCAGCUGAAAAUGAGCGGUGCAAAAGACUCUGAGGAGAGACCCCAGUGGGACAACAAGGUCCAGUACAUGUUGACAUGCAUUGGUUUUGCAGUUGGACUUGGAAAUAUUUGGCGUUUUCCCUACCUUUGUCAAAUCUAUGGAGGAGGUGCAUUCCUCAUCCCCUACCUCAUCGCUUUAGUGUUUGAGGGGCUGCCCCUGCUCUACCUGGAGAUGGCAAUAGGACAAAGGCUCCACCUGGGCAGCAUUGGUGCUUGGAACACCAUCUCACCACUGCUGGGUGGGGUCGGCAUCGCCUCCAUGGUUGUGUCAUUCCUGGUGUGUAUUUUCUACAACACCCUCAUGGCCUGGGUGCUUUGGUACUUCUUUAACUCCUUCCAAGAUCCGCUGCCGUGGAGCCACUGUCCUCUAAAUGAGAAUCGCACAGGUUACAAUGAAGAGUGUGAGAAGAGCACUCCAGUGAAUUAUUUCUGGUACCGUGAGACACUGAACAUCACGCCUAAUAUUGAGACGAAUGGCUCUAUACAGUGGUCGAUAGUCGUGUGUCUGGCCAGUGCCUGGUUCGUGAUCUACAUCUGUUUCAUCAGAGGCAUCAAGUCCAUAGGAAAGGCUGUGUAUGUGACUUCCACCUUCCCUUACCUGGUACUAACCAUCUUCCUGAUUCGUGCCCUCACUCUGCCCGGAGCAACUGAUGGACUGUCGUACCUCUUUUCUCCUGAUUGGAAAAUACUGAAGAACCCUCGCGUGUGGCUAGAUGCUGCCACCCAGAUCUUCUUCUCUCUUUCUGUGGCUUUCGGAGGUCUCAUAGCUUUCGCCAGCUAUAAUGAAGAGAAAAACAAUGUUGAGAGGGACACACUUGUAGUUGGAAUAAUAAACAGCGCCACAUCUCUGUACGCCUCCAUAUCAAUCUUCUCGAUCCUGGGAUUUAAAGCCAAAAAUGUCUUUAAUGCCUGUCUACAAGAAAACAUCUUGGCUCUGACCAACCAAUUUGAGUUAGCAGACCAGAACAUUACAGUGGACAACUAUGAGAACUGGUUUGAGUAUCUAAACCAGACCUCUCCUACUGAGGUGGCCAGUUUGAACCUGAGGCACUGUGACUUUAAAACCUUCCUUGACCAGAGUGCUUCAGGUACUGGCCUGGCUUUUAUUGUGUUCACGGAGGCAGUGAUAGAGAUGCCAGGCUCCCAGGUAUGGGCCAUACUGUUCUUUGUUAUGCUCUUCAGCUUGGGCCUGUCCUCCAUGUUUGGCAACCUGGAGGGAGUCCUCACACCCAUCAACGACCUCAAUCUAGUGCCUAAGUGGAUCCCUAAAGAAGUUGUAACUGCCAUCAUCUGCCUGAUAUCUUUCCUAAUAGCUCUCAUCUUCACACCGGGUUCAGGGAACUACUGGGUGGAGGUCUUUAAUACCUACGUGGGCUCUGUACCUCUGCUCAUCAUUGCAUUCAUGGAGAUUAUUGGAGUCAUCUAUAUUCGGGGAAUGAAAACAUUCGCUGAAGAUAUCGAAUUCAUGAACGGGAAGAAGCCCAACAUUUUUUGGAAGGCAUGCUGGAUGGUAAUCAGUCCUGUUAUGCUGUUGGUGGUGCUGAUUGCCUACGUGGUUGUGCAGGCACAGCAACAUCCAACCUACCCCGCAUGGAACCCAGAUUACGAAUUAUUCCCCAAACCUGAAGUAAAGCCAUACCCAGACUGGGUUUUUGCCAUAAUCAUCCUCAUAAGUGUGGUCCCCGUGCUUUCCAUCCCUAUCGUGGCCAUCUACAGACUAACCCGCCAUGGACUCAAAAGGUCCUCAGCUCCCACUGAGCACAACCCCUACUGCAAUGACGGCUUUGAGUUUGAAGCACGGGAACAGAAGAACCAGAGUGCCUAGGAAACAAAUUUACUGAAAACCUUUUCCCCAUGGUCAUCACCACUACUAUGGAUCUUGAAUCAGGAGAGAGAGUCGACAUAUAAAUCAGUCACUAUGAACUUGACUAUUCAUUUUUUUUUAUGUUUACAUUCAGCAGUACUGCGAGGAGCUGGCCUCACAUUUGGCAACUCAC